AUGUACAUCGUAUCGAGGGAGUCGGAAAGCGUUACGCCCCAUCCGUUGAAUCUAUUUGUGUUGGGGGGUCACGGACGCCUAGAGACCAACGCUAACAUGGAAAGUGAUAUAAGGCCCAACGCGAGCCAGCGUAUGACUUCUCCUUCUCUGGACGACGGCCCCUCGACGGAACGCGGGGAAGUUGAUAUGAAUUGUUUGCGUCAGCAACCUCAGAUACAAGCAAGUGUAAACAUCACUCCAGGAGUGACUGACUCGGUGCUCGUUUCCGAACGAUCAGAGAUCAACCAAUCAUCUCCGAUUGAAGGGGAUGGCCUUGAGCUCAAUCCGACAUUUGCAGUUCGCGAAGUCAAAAUGGCGGCCCUUAAUGAGGAAAUGACAUCGGGAGAGAAAGUGGGGGGUCAGACCACUCCAGAGCUACAUGAAGACCCACCUACGUAUCCGACCAACCGUGGAAAACCAUAUCGAUCUCGCUCCAAUUUCAUCAGUAAUAUGUCUGACCUUUCCGUAGCGAUAUCAUCCAAGCAGCAAGCCAUUCAGGAGGAACAUACCACCACGGCCACGGAGCUGGAUGAUCUUGGAGAUUUGUAUUUUGAACGCUGGCAACGCACAGGGAAUAAGGCCGACAUCUCUCUGGCAAUAUUUUGCCUGGAGAAGGCUGUUAACCUUGCCCCAGAGGAUUUGGAUAUGCCUGUAGAGCUGAAUACCCUUGGAAGAUACUAUACAUCUCGGUUUGAUUGCACAGGAAAUGUGGCCGACAUUUCUGAGGCAAUAGCUUUCAUCAAAAAAUGCAUUCAGAUCACGGAAAAGGGAGAUUGCGAAAUGCACAAGUGGUUGGAUAACCUGGGAUCGUCGUAUAACUCUCGCUUCAGAAAAACACGCAAUAUGGACGACAUUUCCGAAGCAAUUUUAUUACGGGAGAAGGCUAUUCAACUCACUCCAAAUGGAUACCCGGGCAUCACUGUAACGCAUUAUAACCUUGCAUGCACAUACGACGAACGCUUCCAACUCCUGGGACAUCAAAGCGAUCUUGACAAAGCUGUAUCUAAUUAUUCCAUGGCAAUUACUCGCUCUUCAGGAAUUCCCAGCUUCAAGCUUCUUGCUAACAAGCGGUUGGCUAAAAUUUCUGAAGAACUUUAUCCAUUACAGUCUAUCAAUGCAUAUUCCACAGCCAUUCGGCUUGCAUCCCACCUUGCAGGUUUGCAUGAAACGAUCGAAAUGCGUCUCAGCAACCUCCAACAUAUCUCUGAUGUGUCGACAAUGGCUGCUGCUUGUGCUUUCAAGCUUGGGAAAUUUGAUUUGGCUUUGGAAUGGCUUGAACAAGGCCGUUGUGUCGUGUGGGGUCAACUUAACGAUCUUCGCACUCCCAUCGACGUCCUUCGAAACAAGCAUCCUGACCUAGCUGAUAAUAUUGUUAGAGUGUCUAACGGUCUAGAGAUGUCUGGCUCCGGAUAUCCAGAGGAUGCCAAUCUCACAACAGAUAGCACGGCAGAUAAAACGAACCCACGAGAGCAUCAUUCCAAACUUGCAAAGGAAUGGGAUCAGCUACUGGCAAAAGUUCGCGCUUUGCCAGAUUUCGAAAACUUCAUUCAACCUCUAUCCUACUCCGUCAUAUCCGAGCAUCUCCCCAAAUCAGGACCCGUCAUUCUGAUCAAUGUUCAUGGAGAUCGCUGUGAUGCACUGGCUCUUGUUCCUGGUACAAAUCGGCCAAUCCACAUUCCACUCCCAGAGUUUACUCAUAAAAAAUCAGUCGCUCUUCGUGACCAUUUGCGAGCCGAUUUGCUUGCCUCUGGGACAAGGAUGCGUGAAGCGGAACCAUCAACUCGUGGGAUGCGUCCGUUUUUGAAAAGAAGUGUGGGUCUUGGAGAAAUUUUGCACCAAUUGAACCUCUAUCCGAUCCAAAGCGUAUAUGGUGGAAUCUACAGCGGACCUGGGACAGGAUUUGGAUCAAAACUUUCAGAUUUCGCCAUUUCUUCGUAUACACCCACAAUCCGUGUCCUUUUUGAUAGGGUGAAAACCGGACUGGUACCGACUGACAACAAAAAAUCGGGUCUUUUGAUGAUCAGCCAGCCAGAUACACCUGGGCUGCCAUCAAUCCCAAAAACUACAGAAGAGAUGAAAGUGAUUCGGACGUUAACAAAAGAGUGUAUUCCCCGAGUUUGCUGUUUGGAAGGGACAGCUGCUACAGUUGAUCGCACGUCAAUUGAAAUGGAAGCCUUUAGUUCCGUUCAUUUUGCCUGUCAUGCAAGGCAGAACACAGCUCAACCACUGAAGAGUGGAUUUUCUCUUCAUGAUGGUCGAUUGGAACUUUCUUCGAUCAUUCAAAAACGACUGGUGGGCGUGGACCUGGCCUUUUUAUCGGCGUGUCAGACAAGUACCGGUGAUGAAAGACUUUCCGAAGAGGCUGUUCACCUAGCGGCAGGAAUGUUGGCGGCUGGCUACAGGGGUGUCGUAGCGACAAUGUGGUCGAUCAAAGACCGCUAUGCACCAGAAUUUGCCCAGGAUUUUUACAAAAAUUUAAUCGAGGGUGAGGACAGCUUCAGCGGAGAACGUGCCGCCCACGCGAUCCAUCAUGCUGCGCAGAAUCUUCGACAGAAACUCGCCCUUGAGAAGUCAGACAUUGAACACUCCUUACUUGUUUGGGUUCCCUACGUUCAUUUCGAUACUCUCGCGCGGAGGAGCUCGAUCAGCAGUAGUUCUUCAUCGCACGUUUUGUGUCGGAUGAGUGAGAACUUGGGAUGGAUGUUGAGAUUCGUUCUCGGCUGA